AUGCCUAACAUCUCAGAAGAUGAAAAAGAGAAUGGUUCUGGAAAUAAUGGAAACACUGAAAACAAACCUGGGAAAGAAUCCCCAGAUGCUUCUUUUCAUGAUCCCGUGAAGCCAUACUGCAUGUCAGAUGCCUCCACUGCAUCCUUGGUGUCCAGGGGAGAUGGACAUUAUCCAUGGGGUUGCCCUGUGACUCAUACACGAGAGAAGUUUUAUACCAUCUGCUCAGACUAUGCUUUUUUAAACAGAGUAACAUCUAUUUGUAAAAGCCCAAGUGCUUCAGUUAGUGCCUGUCUGUCAGGCAGUGCUGCCUUAAACGUUGGAAAUAACACAUCUAGCUUACUUGGCAUUCAAACUGGUGCAUCAGAGAUCAUCUACAGUGAAGAUGCUAACUUGGAAAGCUUGCCUAGUGAUCUUGGAAAGCUUCCACUAGCAUGGGAAAUUGACAAAUCAGAGUUCAAUGGCGUGACCACAAGUCUGAAGAACAAAGCAGGCAACAUGAAGAAACAAGUCCCAAAGAAAAAGUCUGUAGACAAAAAAAGCAAACAGUACAGAGAAUGUCCUCAGCAUUCUGCUCUUGAAGAUGUGAAGGAGAGGAAAGUGUUGGACCUCAGGAGAUGGUAUUGUGUUAGCCGACCUCAAUACAAAACUUCCUGUGGAAUUUCAUCCUUAGUGUCUUGCUGGAAUUUCUUAUAUAGUACACUAGGAGCUGGAAGUUUACCACCUCUUACUCAAGAAGAAGCAUUGCAUAUACUGGGCUUUCAGCCCCCAUUUGAGGAGAUUAGGUUUGGUCCCUUCACUGGAAAUACAACUUUAAUGAGAUGGUUUAGGCAAAUAAACGAUCACUUCCAUAUCAAGGGAUGCUCAUAUGUUCUGUAUAAACCUCAUGGAAAGAACAAGACAGCUGGAGAAACUGCUGCAGGAGCCCUUGCAAAGCUGACACGUGGACUGAAAGAUGAAUCAAUGGCCUACAUCUACCAUUGCCAAAACCAUUAUUUUUGCCCAAUUGGAUUUGAAGCAACCCCAGUAAAAGCUAGUAAAGCCUAUAGUAGAGGGCGUGUCUUGCAGCAAGAAGUUGAGUAUUGGAUCUUAAUUGGAGAGCCAAGUAGAAAACAUCCAACAAUCCACUGUAAAAGGUGGGCAGAUAUUGUCACUGACCUAAACACCCAAAAUCCAGAAUACCUAGAUAUUCGACACCUAGAGAGAGGAUUGCAGCAUCGAAAAACAAAAAAGGUUGGAGGAAAUCUUCAUUGCAUCAUUGCCUUUCAGAGACUUAACUGGCAAAGAUUUGGUCCUUGGAAUUUUCCAUUUGGAACUGUUAGACAGGAUAAACAAUCCCAAACACAAGGACAAGGAAUUUCCAAAUCUGAGAGUGAAGACAAUAUCUCUAAGAAACAACAUGGACGACUGGGUCGAUCUUUCAGUGCUGGCUUUCAUCAGGAGUCUACAUGGAAGAAAUCUAACCUUCGUGAGAGGAGGAACAGUGGGUAUCAGAGUUAUAAUGACUAUGAUGGAAAUGAUUAA